UUCCGGUUGAACGUUGUUGUUCGUUGCUUCGGUCAACUUCACGACCACCAGACCCUAAUCUAUUAUAACCGUUUAAUUCAGGGAUGUGAUGAGUUCGCAGUUUGAUUAAAACACACGUACAGAUUUACUUUAGCCGUCAAUAAUGGAAAUUUUAAACGCAGAGAGUCGCGAGACCGUCCCUCCACUCCCUCUCUCUGCACUGCGUCUGGUGGUACCACCCCUGCGGCUGAUGUCAGCAUUUUUAUGGCAGGUGAUUCAGCGUCGAAAUGUGACACAUUACGGAAAGUUGGAGCAGUUCGUGGUGUUGGUAACAGAGACUGUUCCCGACAUCAUGAAUCGAAGUCUGGUUAAUAAACUCAUCUUUUAUCUUCGGAAAAAAGUGAUUCUGGAGCUUUGUCUGAAAGAUAAAUCGCCAGAUCUGUGGAUCAUUCAGGCACAUUUGGAUUCUCUUCGAAGGUUCACACAUAAAUGUAAAGAUGUAGAAAGUGAGAUCAUCAAUAACAAAUUUAUUAGAACGGUGCACAGCAUCUUGGAGGAUACAGAAAAGAAAGAGAAUUUUAUCCAGCAUGUCUUCCCUGUUGAAUAUGGGGCAGGAUAUGAUGCAGUAUUACAGAGCCUUGCAUGGGACUUCCUGUCUCGAGUGGAGGAUCUGCUACCUGUGCCCAAUCUUAAAGAGACAGCCUCGCGGUUAUGUGGCGGUCUGUCUAUGAUGGAGGAGAUUGUGCAGCCGCUCUCAGAUCCAAUUGAAAUCAAGGAUGUUCUCCAACACUUCCAAUCCAGAAGACUUCACAACAGAAAUAGUGAGCAGCCAAGGAGAAUUAUUAGUGAAAUGUCUAUUCCUACCACGACUGAAGUGGUUUGUUUACCUCACCCGGUCAUACAGGAGACAAUCUCCCCUGCCUUAACUUUUGAACAAGAGGCAAGUUUGCCUCCUACAUCUAUAGCUCAAGAGACGGUUAUCAUUGAUGCAGAAAGCACAGAGAGCCAAACAGAAACCGAACACGCAUGCCUUGCAGUAAUGAGUCCCUCGCAGAGUUACACUGAGGAGGCUGAACCUUUAACCGACAGCGAGGAAUUUACAACAGAAGCCACUGCCGAAGAAGCAGAGAAUGGUAUACAAGAAGAAGCCCUCUGUGAAGAGAAAGAUUCAGAGAUCUGUGAAGUCCAGCAGAUCUACCUCACUGCAGACGGCUCUACCGUGGUUGUAUCGGAGUUUGAGAACGAGGGCGAGGAGACACAAUUGCAGUUUCUGGAACAACCGGAUAUGACAGAGACUGCUGGAGUGAGGCAGGUCAGUUUGGAGCAGUGGAUCUCGGAGUUAACAGGAAAGGGCAUCUCUCUACCAGUCUUGCCUCCAAAUCCGGUUGAGAUCGUAAGGGAGGAGAUGAUCUACGUUCCCGUCGUAGAAAGACCUCCAUCCGUGAAGUCUAUCAUCCACAGAAAGAGCAGUCCGCCUCGAGUCGCAGUGUCCAAAAAGCAAGUCUCUGUACCUUCUGAAUCCCAAGCGGCACAGGAAGAAAAAAGACACGCGUGUCCCGAGUGCCACAAGGAGUUUCGUUUCGAGUGUCUUCUGAGGAAUCACAUGCGCACACACACGGGCGAGCGUCCUUUUCAGUGUUCAGACUGCGGCAAGAGCUUCAGGUGCCUCAGCUUCCUGACCAAUCACAUCAAAACUCACUCGCUCGCCAGGCCUUUCAAAUGCACGCACUGUGUCAAGUCUUUCCGCAAAAAAGCCGACCUCUUCAAGCACAUCCGUGUGCACACAGGUGAAAAACCCUACAAGUGCACCAUCUGCGGCAAGAGCUUUUCCCAGGGCUCUUACUUAAAGAUUCACCGCGAAUGCCACACAUCAGAAAACCUCCACCAGUGUCCACAUUGUGACAAGAGCUUUCCAACAGCAUUUAAGCUAUCCAUCCAUGUCCGCCACCAUUCCAUGGAGCGCUCCUACCAGUGUAACCAGUGUGGGAAAAGUUUCAUAUACGCCAGCCUCCUCAGAAGACACAAAGGUUAUCAUGUAGGUGAGAGGCAGUACCUGUGCUCUAUCUGCGGCAAGUCUUUUGUCUACAUGUUCGACUUGAAAAAGCAUCAACGGAACCACGAGAGACCCCGGAUGAAGAUCCCUUGCACCCUUUGUCACAAGACUUUUGCAGGACCGGAGAUGCUGAGGUGCCACCUACGCAUACACACAGGAGAGCGUCCGUUCCGCUGCAAGAUGUGUGGGAAAGCCUUCUCUCAGAUCGGUAAUAUGAAGAGACAUGAACGUGUACACACGGGCGAACGUCCCUUCACCUGCGAGCGAUGCGGAAAGACUUACAAGCACUCGUCUCACCUGAAGAACCAUAUGCUUAGCCACACCGGCGAGCGGCCGUGGCAGUGUUCGCAUUGCGGGAAGAGCUUUAAGUUUGCCGGGCCUCUGAAAAAGCAUGAGAGAAUUCAUAUGGGUGAACGUGCAGACCAUAGAAAGAGCUAUGACCAAACCCGUGGCCGCAAGAAACACGAACCUAAAAGCCCUUGAUGUUACAGGCCUAUGUGCAGUUUGAAUAUUUAUCUGAUUAAUUUAAAUCAUUUGUUUCAAAACAGACCAGUUUGUGCUGUUAUGUUCCAACCAAUAUGUAAAUUGUACAAAAAUUACUUGCAAUUUUGUAUUUCAGCAUAGUAGGUGGUAUUUAUGUUGGUAAGGGUUAUGUUCUUUUAUUCCAGUAAGCCUGUUGAAAUAUAUUCAUCAUUAUUUGAUAUCAUGAUAUCUAAGUCAUGCUAAAUCAGCAACUUCAACAAACAAUCAAAUAAAUAAUCAGUUUAUUGACUCAAAACAAAGCUAUUAUGGUAUUUAACUGACAUAAACAACAGUGUAUCUUUUUGAAUUAUUAACAAUGAAGUGUGUAAUGUUCUAUUAUGCUAAACAUUUUUCUCAGUUCCGUACUUACUACUGUUUGCCCUACCCAUAGAAAGCUUUGAAAAAAUAUUUUGCAGUUCUUCUGAUUGGGGAUGCUGGAGGUCCAGAAUUUUGACACCUUUAACAAAAGGUUGUAUUUCUAGUUUCUCUUUAGUUCACAGUUUGAAGGUUUUAUGAUUGCUCAUGUUGAAAUUAUAUUGGAUAUACUUAAAUCCAGAUUACCUUCUUAAGAUAAUGUUAAAAUUAUCACUUAACCAAAUUUGCUAAUCGUUGUUAAAAAAUUUGCCACAGUUGCCUGAAAGAGCAACCCUACUUCUUACUAUUCCACAAUUACUGAGCAAUGCACGUGUUAAUAAAUACAAAAACAAAAGUAAAAAGUAUUUGUUUCAGCCUUUUUGGUCUCGAUCUAAAGUUAACACUAAAUUUGGCUCAAACUGAAGCAUAUAAAAACAAAUGUAUUGAUUAUAUUAAACAAGAACCCGUAUUUGUAUAAUGUACAUUUUGCAUUUUGUUGUUAAAUCUAUGAGAUAUGUACUCCAAGACCAAAUACUUUUGUACAAUGUAGGAACUAUGUUAUUUCCCUGGAAUGGUUCCAGAAUGUUUAAUGCAAAUCUUAAAGUACAAUUACCAAGUCAUAUGAGCCAUUGUUCAUGUAACUUUUUAGUGGUUUUGUGAAAUACAAUAGAUGACAAAAUCUGUUUUACAAUUAAUUUAGAUUCUAAAUACAAAAAUACAACUAAAAUGGCACAGAGGAAAGGUUUGAGGCAAAUCUAAUACUGCCUUCCAAGUUUAACACUCUAUGGUAGCAGACAAGCAGCUUCAGACUGGUUAUACGAUCUAUGGUUUUGAACCUGUGUGGUCACAACAGCACCAUUAGUCCUGCUGUUGCUGCAUAGUGGAAGUAUUGGAUUUUUUUAAGCAACCAUUUGAUUCCCACAUUCAUCUGAUAAGAGGUUUGUGUGUCCCUGCUCCAUAAUUCAUCCACAGGUCACGUGGCUGAAAAUACCUCAUUUGUCAGGUCACCUUUGUGCUCCGUAAGAUCAGAAAUCCUGGAGGCCUCACUUUUACCCCAAAGG